GCGUGCCGACGCCUGCGUCAGCAAAGAGCGGGGCUGGGGGCCCCCGGUUUGAAGUCGUGCGGGUCGGAGGACUGCCGCCUCCGCCGCAGCCUCAGACCCCUGCUCCUCGGCCGCGGCGGGGACGAAUUCGGGCAGGCGGCGGGGCAGAUGCUCAAGGGCCCGCGGCGGGACGCCCCGCGACGCACCGGCCGCUCCCCUCUGACCGCGGCCUGGGCCUUCGCCGCUCUGCUCUCUGGAAACUAGCGCCUCAGCGGUGCGGCGCGUAGCUCGCGGGGAGCCCCGAACCGCCGGCGCCCGGCCAUGGCGGUCUCCAGGCUUGACCGUCUUUUUAUCUUACUGGAUACUGGCACUACUCCAGUUACAAGAAAAGCUGCUGCACAGCAACUUGGAGAAGUGGUAAAGCUUCAUCCUCAUGAACUAAAUAAUCUUUUAUCUAAAGUGUUGAUAUAUUUAAGGAGUACAAAUUGGGAUACCCGGAUUGCAGCAGGACAAGCUGUUGAAGCUAUAGUGAAAAAUGUACCUGAGUGGAAUCCAGUACCAAGAACCAAACAAGAAUCUACUUCAGAAAGUGCUAUGGAAGAUUCACCUACUACAGAUCGAUUGAAUUUUGACAGAUUUGAUAUAUGUAGAUUGUUACAGCAUGGGGCAUCACUUUUGGGAUCUGCUGGUGCAGAAUUUGAAGUACAAGAUGAAAAAUCAGGUGAAGUGGAUCCUAAAGAGAGGAUAGCACGACAACGGAAACUAUUACAGAAGAAACUUGGUCUUAAUAUGGGAGAGGCCAUUGGAAUGAGUACUGAAGAACUCUUCAAUGAUGAAGAUUUGGAUUAUACCCCGACUUCAGCAGCCCUUGUAAACAAACAACCUACUCUCCAGGCAGCUGAAUUGAUUGACUCAGAAUUUCGAGCAGGAAUGAGCAAUAGACAAAAGAACAAAGCUAAAAGAAUGGCCAAGUUAUUUGCAAAACAGAGAUCCAGGGAUGCAGUGGAAACUAAUGAGAAGAGCAAUGAUAGCACUGAUGGGGAACCAGAAGAAAAGAGACGAAAAAUAGCAAAUGUUGUUAUUAAUCAGUCUGCAAAUGAUUCCAAAGUCUUGAUUGAUAAUAUUCCAGACAGUUCUUCCUUAAUUGAAGAGACAAAUGAAUGGCCUUUAGAAAGCUUUUGCGAAGAACUUUGCAAUGACCUUUUUAAUCCCUCCUGGGAGGUUCGGCAUGGUGCAGGCACUGGUCUUAGGGAAAUCCUUAAAGCUCAUGGAAAAAGUGGUGGUAAAAUGGGAGAUAGCACUUUAGAAGAGAUGAUUCAGCAGCAUCAAGAGUGGUUGGAAGACUUAGUUAUUAGACUCCUUUGUGUUUUUGCAUUAGACAGAUUUGGAGACUUUGUUUCCGAUGAAGUUGUGGCACCAGUUCGUGAAACUUGUGCUCAGACAUUAGGUGUGGUGUUAAAACACAUGAGUGAAACAGGAGUUCAUAAGACUGUGGAUGUGCUGCUUAAGUUACUUACACAAGAACAAUGGGAAGUUAGGCAUGGUGGUCUGCUGGGAAUAAAGUAUGCUUUGGCAGUUCGUCAGGAUGUAAUUAAUACUUUAUUACCUAAAGUUUUAACUAGAAUCAUUGAAGGACUUCAGGACCUUGAUGAUGAUGUCAGAGCUGUUGCUGCAGCAUCAUUAGUACCCGUGGUAGAAAGCCUGGUGUAUCUUCAGACACAGAAGGUACCCUUCAUUAUAAAUACACUAUGGGAUGCUCUUCUGGAACUAGAUGAUCUUACAGCUUCAACAAAUAGUAUUAUGACUCUUCUUUCAUCCUUAUUAACUUAUCCUCAGGUCCAACAAUGCAGUAUUCAGCAGUCACUCACAGUUUUAGUUCCACGUGUCUGGCCUUUUUUGCAUCACACUAUAUCAUCAGUUCGAAGAGCAGCAUUGGAAACUCUGUUUACGUUAUUAUCAACACAGGACCAGAACUCUUCAUCUUGGCUUAUACCUAUCCUGCCUGAUAUGCUGCGGCACAUUUUCCAGUUUUGUGUUUUAGAAAGCAGCCAGGAAAUUCUGGACCUCAUUCACAAGGUUUGGAUGGAACUGUUGUGCAAAGCUUCAGUUCAGUAUGUGGUAGCAGCUGCUUGUCCAUGGAUGGGUGCUUGGCUUUGCUUAAUGAUGCAGCCUUCUCAUUUACCUAUUGAUUUAAAUAUGUUGCUAGAAGUAAAAGCUAGAGCCAAGGAAAAAACAGGUGGUAAGAUACGCCAAGGCCAAAGCCAAACAAAAGAAGUCCUUCAGGAAUACAUUGCAGGAGCAGACACCAUCAUGGAAGACCCCUCCACUAGGGAUUUUGUGGUUAUGAGGGCCAGAAUGAUGGCAGCCAAAUUGUUAGGAGCGCUUUGUUGCUGUAUUUGUGAUCCAGGUGUAAAUGUGGUAACCCAAGAAAUUAAGCCAGCUGAAUCCCUUGGCCAGUUACUACUCUUCCAUUUGAACUCCAAAUCUGCCUUACAGAGAAUUAGCGUUGCUUUGGUAAUCUGUGAAUGGGCUGCUUUACAAAAGGAGUGUAAAGCUGUUACCCUAGCUGUGCAGCCACGUUUACUUGAUAUCCUUUCAGAACAUUUGUAUUAUGAUGAAAUUGCCGUUCCAUUCACGCGAAUGCAGAAUGAGUGUAAACAGCUUAUUUCAUCAUUAGCUGAUGCACAUAUUGAAGUUGGUAAUAGAGUAAACAACAGUGUUUUUACAAUAGAUCAAGCUAAUGACCUGGUCACUACUGUUUUUAAUGAAGUCACAUCAUCUUUCGAUUUAAAUCCUCAAGUGUUACAGCAGUUAGAUAGUAAACGACAGCAGGUCCACAUGACAGUUACAGAGACCAACCAGGAGUGGCAAGUGCUGCAGUUGAGAGUGCAUACUUUUGCUGCAUGUGCAGUUGUGAGUUUGCAGCAGCUUCCAGAGAAAUUAAAUCCUAUCAUAAAGCCAUUAAUGGAGACGAUUAAAAAAGAAGAGAAUACACUAGUGCAAAACUAUGCAGCUCAGUGCAUAGCAAAACUACUUCAGCAGUGUACAACAAGGACACCCUGCCCCAAUUCAAAAAUUAUUAAAAACCUCUGUAGCUCACUUUGUGUGGACCCUUAUCUAACUCCUUGUGUCACAUGUCCAGUACCAACACAAAGUGGCCAGGACAAUUCUAAAGGAUCCAACUCCGAAAAAGAUGGGAUGCACCAUACAGUCACCAAACACAGAGGUAUAAUUACACUCUACAGGCAUCAGAAAGCUGCUUUUGCUAUCACAAGUAGGCGAGGUCCUACCCCUAAAGCAGUAAAAGCUCAAAUAGCAGAUCUUCCUGCAGGAAGUAGUGGAAAUAUCCUUGUUGAACUUGAUGAGGCCCAGAGACCCUAUCUGGUACAGCGAAGAGGAGCUGAAUUUGCCUUGACGACUAUAGUGAAGCAUUUUGGUGGUGAAAUGGCAGUGAAGUUGCCACAUCUCUGGGAUGCUAUGGUUGGUCCAUUGAGGAAUACAAUCGACAUAAAUAAUUUUGAUGGAAAGUCCCUCUUGGAAAAAGGAGAUGGUCCUGCCCAAGAAUUGGUGAAUUCUUUGCAAGUUUUUGAAACAGCAGCAGCCUCAAUGGAUUCUGAGCUUCAUCCCUUGUUGGUACAGCAUUUGCCUCAUCUUUAUACGUGCCUUCAGUAUCCCAGCACUGCAGUGAGGCACAUGGCUGCUCGUUGUGUAGGCGUCAUGAGCAAAAUAGCUACCAUGGAAACAAUGAAUAUUUUUUUGGAGAAGGUUCUUCCAUGGCUCGGAGCAAUUGAUGACAAUAUCAAACAAGAGGGUGCAAUUGAAGCACUUGCAUGUGUAAUGGAACAACUGGAUGUUGGUAUUGUUCCAUAUAUUGUCCUUUUAGUUGUGCCUGUGUUGGGAAGAAUGAGUGAUCAGACAGACAGUGUAAGAUUCAUGGCUACACAGUGCUUUGCAACACUAAUUAGACUCAUGCCACUUGAGGCAGGCAUUCCAGACCCUCCAAAUAUGUCAGAAGAACUAAUCCAAUUGAAAGCCAAGGAGCGACACUUUUUGGAGCAAUUAUUAGAUGGGAAAAAAUUAGAAAAUUACAAAAUACCAGUACCAAUCAAUGCUGAACUCAGAAAAUAUCAGCAGGAUGGUGUGAACUGGUUAGCAUUUCUUAAUAAGUAUAAACUUCAUGGAAUUCUGUGUGAUGACAUGGGUUUAGGAAAAACUUUACAGUCCAUCUGCAUUCUAGCAGGAGAUCAUUGUCAUAGGGCCCAAGAAUAUGCAAGAUCAAAAUUGGCAGAAUGUAUGCCACUUCCAUCCUUGGUGGUUUGUCCGCCAACAUUAACAGGUCACUGGGUGGAUGAAGUAGGUAAAUUUUGCUCCAAAGAAUAUCUCAAUCCAUUACACUAUACUGGACCUCCUACUGAAAGAAUAAGGUUACAGCAUCAAGUAAAAAGGCACAAUCUGAUAGUGGCUUCAUAUGAUGUUGUGAGGAAUGACAUAGAUUUCUUUAGAAAUAUUAAAUUUAACUACUGUAUUCUUGAUGAAGGCCAUGUCAUCAAAAAUGGAAAAACAAAAUUGUCAAAAGCAGUAAAACAACUGACUGCUAAUUAUAGGAUUAUUCUUUCCGGAACACCAAUCCAGAACAACGUUUUGGAGCUGUGGUCAUUAUUUGAUUUCCUCAUGCCAGGAUUUUUGGGGACUGAACGCCAGUUUGCUGCUCGAUAUGGUAAACCUAUAUUAGCAAGUAGGGAUGCUCGAAGCUCUAGUCGAGAACAAGAAGCAGGUGUUCUUGCGAUGGAUGCACUGCACCGCCAGGUCCUGCCUUUUCUUUUGAGACGAAUGAAAGAAGAUGUUUUACAGGAUCUCCCACCCAAAAUUAUUCAAGACUACUACUGUACUCUUAGUCCUCUCCAGGUUCAGCUCUAUGAGGAUUUUGCUAAGUCUCGCGCCAAGUGUGAUGUUGAUGAAACAGUUUCUUCAGCUGCACUUUCUGAAGAAACUGAAAAACCAAAGCUUAAAGCUACAGGCCAUGUAUUCCAGGCAUUACAGUACUUACGUAAACUGUGCAACCAUCCAGCAUUAGUCUUAACACCCCAACAUCCAGAGUUCAAGAGUACUACUGAAAAACUGGCAGUUCAGAAUUCUUCUCUUCAUGAUAUUCAACAUGCCCCUAAACUCUCAGCUUUGAAACAGUUGCUGUUGGACUGUGGUUUGGGAAAUGGCAGCACUUCAGAGAGUGGCACAGAGUCUGUUGUGGCCCAGCACAGGAUACUGAUCUUCUGUCAGCUUAAAAGCAUGCUUGAUAUAGUGGAACAUGAUCUUCUCAAACCUCACUUACCCUCUGUCACUUAUCUGAGAUUAGAUGGCAGCAUACCUCCUGGUCAGAGGCAUUCCAUUGUUUCACGGUUUAACAAUGAUCCAUCCAUAGAUGUUCUUUUACUUACAACUCAUGUUGGCGGCCUGGGGCUUAACUUAACAGGCGCUGACACAGUAGUAUUUGUGGAACACGACUGGAAUCCUAUGCGCGAUCUACAAGCCAUGGACCGGGCCCAUCGCAUUGGGCAGAAACGUGUGGUUAACGUGUACCGAUUGAUAACCAGAGGAACGUUGGAAGAGAAAAUAAUGGGUUUGCAGAAAUUCAAGAUGAACAUAGCAAAUACUGUUAUUAGCCAAGAGAAUUCUAGUUUGCAGAGUAUGGGGACAGAUCAACUUCUUGAUCUGUUUACUCUUGAUAAGGUAAAGAACUUACACAAUUUGCUAUAUCUUUAAUGUGUUCACAGACUUCCCUGGACUGAAAGUAUGAAAGUAAGCCGCAAAAGGCAUUCACUUUAGUAUUAACUAGGCAAGCCUUUGAGGGAAUUUUUGAUGUCCAGAUAAAACUCUUAAAUUUUGAAUGUCUGUUUUUAGUGCCUUGCCUUGAGGUUUCUUAGCCCUUUCCUGCUAAAAGACAGCUAUCACUGGAGUCAGCUAGACCUGGGUCUCUGUUUCUUGCCCUGCCUCCUAUUAACUGGUGACCUUUGGCAAAUUAACUUGUCUGCUCGGAGACUUCUCUGCUGUUGGGAGGAUAAAAAUGCUGGUAUCACUGCAUGGUUGUAAAGAUAAAAUGAAAUAGUAUAUGUAAGCACUUAGAAAAGGUACCUAGUAUAGAUUCUCAGUAAAUAGUAGCCAUUAUUGUUAUUUUGGAUGAUGGAACUAAUACAUCAGAUAACAGUCCAUAAUCAAAGGAUCUAAUAGCUUAAAAGUAUUGGUGUAAUAAUGUACAACCAGUAGGGUUGGAGUUAAAGUCCUGCAUAGGUUCAGAAAAAUCCACUGCACACUCAGUAUAAAUUGUGAGAAAUGGCCUUAUAUAAUUAAACUAGCUCUAAUAACAGAAUUGUAAUGUCCAAAUAGAAAGUAGUUCCAUUGUACUCUGUGUGUGUUAAGCCCACAUUUAAAAUAUUAGGUCUGGUGCUGGGUGCUGCAUUUUAUUUUA